AUGCCCUUUUGCGUGCACUGCUGCAAGUGGUUUUCCUCCCACACGAACGCAUCGGGGUGGAAAGUCCACCUCAAGAAGCACAACGUGCUCGCCCCAGGCAGCGAGGUCGGGACGUCGGCGUCGGCGAGCCGCCUAAAGCGGCAAACGCUGAGCCGGCCAGCGAUCCCGGAUCGCCUCCUGGUAAAGUUUGAGAACGCCGUGGUUGAUUUUGUUAUCCAAGGUGCAAUCUCUUUGCGAGCCGCCGGCAGCGACAAGUUCAAGACCUUGGUCCACACACUGACGCAGGGAUACGAGGGCCCGUCGACCCGCACCGUCAUUCGCAGGAUUGUCGAGCAUCACGCCACCAUGCUGCCCAUCGUCGGGGCGUUCUUCUCCAACCUGGACGUCGCCAUCUCGCUCACCAUCGACGGGUGGUCGAACCGCAACCUGAAGGGAUUUUGGAUGGUCACGGUGCACUGGAUCGACACCAAAUCUGUUGCGUCGAAAUCCUUGCUGCUGAUGAUCCUCUAUGUGCAGUCCCGAAGGGGUGUCGGCAAGCGCAUUGGCACCGCUCUGUUUGAGCACCUCCAGAGCCUUGGGCACAACGUCUCAAGCAAGCUGCUCGCUGUCACCAGCGACCAAUGGCUCCGAUGCGAUCAGUGCUGUCAAGACGUUGUUCGCCCUGGUCAAUGCAGAUGCCGGAUAUAAGCAGUUGUGGGCUUGCCACCAUAUUCGCUGCCCGGAUCAUUGGGUCCAGAUCAGCGUCGUCCAAGUUCUCAAACCGAUCAAGUCAACCUACGCCG